AUGUCCCACGCCAACUUCCCCGCGCCCGGCAACCCUCCCUCCACGAUCCCACUGCCGCCGAACCACCCCAGCCCAAAUCCAAUGGAUCCUCGCACCAUCAACUUCAACGUCCUCCGCAGACACGACCCCCAGAUCUCCUCGAUCCGGGACUCGACCUCCUAUGCAGUCAUCUACCGCUACUUCCACGGGGCAUGGUCCAAGACCGGCUUCGAAGGCACCCUCUUCAUCUUCCAGCGGGACACCCACCCCUUCUAUGGGGUCUUCGUCCUCAACCGCCAGGGCCUCGACAACCUCUGCGAAGGACUCCUGCCCGGCUGGGAUGUCGACCUCGACGAAGGCCUGAUCAUCUGGAGGAGUGCCGGCGCAACCGGUGAUGCAGACGACGACGUCAUCUACGGCAUCUGGGUCUACGAAGAGAAAGACCGCACCCGGAUCGCGACCACCAUGCAGGAGCUCAUCGAAACCGCCUCAGCACAGCAGAAUCCCCAACCACCACCUCCCUCGUCAUCACCUCCGCCCGUAUCGCUCUCCCAUCCAGUACCCCGCGUUCCGAUCAUCACCGCCGGCCAAACUAUCUCACUCGAUCAACUCUUCGGCGUCGGCUCAGUCUGCUCGGAACCCCCGCCGCAGACCUCAGCCUUGCCCCAUCCGGGCGCCUCAGUCACCGAUCCAGACGAAGAAAAGGAGAACCUGCUGCCCUCGCAAGUCAUGAGCCCCGACCCGUCCGACCUACCAAAAGGAAUGCAACUACUCGACUCCCUCUUCCAAAAGGCUGCCAUCAAACCCCAGCCAGCUUCUCACCAAUCCAACCCUAACACCGACCCUGAACCGAUCAACCAACAUCCAACAUCAAUCCACCAACUCCUCAACCAACUCUCGGGCUCAAGCUCAAAGCCCCCAUCCCAAAACACUUCAAGCCAUCAACAGUCUCAGUCGACCAAUAACAACCGAAGAGACCGGCGCCAAAGCUCCGGCCAAGAGAAUUUCAAACAUCAAUCUACGACUGUCGACCAGCCAAGCCAUCGUCCAAUCAACCAAAACCAUUCUUCGACUCGGGCCGACCAUCGCAACCUGAACCCCAGCCAUAACCACCCCCAUUCACGUCGGAGCAGCGGGGGCUCUUCUUCGCACAGUCGGAAUGGCAAGAUCCCCUUUGGCCUUAACCCUGCCACCCAACCCCAUACCCAGCAGCCAGCAGCCCCCACGAAUCCAGUCAACAUCGUGGCCGCCCCCGUCCCAAUGGACAGUGCGAAUGCUGAGGCCCGCCACAAUAUCCUGAGCUUACUCGGCCAUCCGGCUGCCGCCCGGCCAGAUGAUGUCUAUUCGACGGGCACGAACCCCACGCUGGUUGCCCCUCCGUCGGGCACCAAUAACCACACUACCGGCUGGCCACACUCGUCGCCCGAUAGUCGCGGAGGAGGCAGCAAUCCUCGCAUCCUCUACUCUCCUCAGCAGCAACAGCUGCCGCAACAACAGGGAACCGGGUCGCAUGCCUACAACAGUCCCCGCUCGACCCACGUCUCCCAGGAAGCCUCGCCCCACCAACACUCCCAGCAGGCCUUCGUCCAGCACAACCCCCUGCCGCUCCCCUCCUCCUACGGGACCUCGGCCGAACGCACGCCUCCGCGGGGCGCCCAGCUGAGCAACUCGGCCAACCACUCGCCCAACGGGCCCCGCCCGCCGCCUCACCACCACCAGCAUUCCCAGCCACCGCCAGGAGCGGGCGCGCAGCCGCCCGUCCAGUCUAAUGGCGGCGCCGCCGGGCCCGUGUUCUCCGGCUCCGUCUGGCCGUUCGACAAGCUCCCCAACCGCGCCCUGAGCCCGCUCAACCCCGCCCGCCAGUCGCCCGCCAGCCUGGCCAUCCAUCGCGCCCGGGGAGCCGCCCCCGCUGGCCACCCACAGACUACUACCAAUGGCACCCAGCGCAAGACUUUCCCUCACCAUCACCAGCAGCAACAGGCCCGGCACCACCACCACCAUUCCCCCGCUGGACACUCGCCCCCGCUCGUCAACGACUCCUCCAGACCUAGUCGUGCACAUUCCCUCACCGACCCCACUACUGCAUCUACGACCCACCAUUCCCCCUCCUCCACCCACCACAACGCCGGCCCCCCCACUCUCGUUAACUCCAAACUCGCCGUCGAGAGCUUGGACCAACUCCUCCUCGGCCACAACCUUGACAACCAUCAGCCGUCCCAUCGGCAGCAGCAGGUCGCUGACGCCAAUCCUUUGGAUAAGGCACACUUCGUUAACUCUAUCUUGGACUUGAUCAACAAUAACGGGGCGUUUGUGGACACGUUGUAUGCCCGAUACUUGGCCCGAUAUGCAGAGAAAUACUUAUGA